CCAAAACCUCUCACCAAGCCAAAACCGCUCGCCCAUCCUUCAGCCGCCCACAACCCGUCGGCCAAACCCUUCCCCGUCUGUUCCGUGCUUCCUUCGCCCACACCCUCCCCCGGUCCGUCGUCCGUUCAGGCUGCCCCCCUCCCCUGGAAACGUGAGCGAAUCCCCGGCCGUUGGUUCCUGAUCAUCAAUCCCGCCCUGGCCUUGUUCUCUUCCGAAACCCCUGGGCUGGCUGUGUAAACCACCGUCCUCCGCGUACCGUAGCUCAUUAGAUCCGCUCUCUAUAUCCGGCCAUGGACCCCGUGUCUCUCACAGGCUUAGCCAUAGGUGUGGCUUCCAUUAGCCUGCAAGUCUACACCAGUUGUAUCCAAGGGAUUCAGCUGCUCGUCACAGCCCUAGGGUACGAGAAUGAGUGCAGGUAUCUUAAUCUGCGCCUCCGCAUGGAGCAACAGCGACUCUACGCAUGGAGUGAGACUUCAGGGCUGCUUGAUUUAGACGAGAAGAACCAGGACAAGGUCCUUAACUCCAAUAUUUUUAAUCUGCACCGCCAGACUGUCCUCGAUCUGUUAGUCCAGGUGCAGUGCCUCUUUGAGGAAUUCACCAAGCACCAGCACCGCCACCACAACUUGAAAGUGGUUCAGGACGAUGGCAUUCUGGAAGCCCCUGAAAGGGAUGCCAAGCAGGCCAACUUCCCCAUGGCGGAGAGGAAGAGAGACUUUAUCAAAAAAGCCAUGACUGGGUUCAAGGCCAAAUCCAUUGGGAGCCUUCACAGACUUCAAUGGGUUUCGUUCGACAAGGAAAGCUUCGAGGUGUUGUUGGACAAGUUCUCCUCCCUGAAUGACAGCAUGACCAAUAUCCUCGACCACUCUCUUCAAGUCGAGAUUCGGCACACAGUUCAGGACACCAACCGGGGCGUCUUGCUCCUCCAUCACAAGAUUGCAGACUUGAGCCACCUCGUGCUAGCACUAAAGUCUCAGCUCGAUGCAGGCACUCCUGUCGGGCCAUCCCCAAUGUCGAAGCUUGAGCGGGAAGCCAACGCCGAUGCCCUAAGACAGCUCUCCAAGUUGGCCAAGUUCAAGGCCUUCAACGAGACUAUCGACCCGAAGUCCGACUCACCGGCUCUCGUAGACGAGGCAGCUGCCAGGUUCCUCGAUCUCGCACGCCCGGAACAGCAGCGCAAUCUAUUUGUGCCCCGUUAUCUCAUCGAACUCGACCCUGAUGUCGACGAGUCCGAUGCUCCGCGGUGCGAUGCCAUGAUGAAGACGGCUGAAGGCAAGAAACAGGUAUGGAUUGAGUGGAAAGACUACGACAACGCUGGUCCGCACCCCGGUUCGCUCUCAAAGGCCGACACUAUCGAGCGAGUACGAAAGCUAGCGGCGCUGCUCAACCACAGCCCCAAACCAGAAGCCUUCCGAACCCCCCACUGCUUGGGCUUCUUCGACAAGGCCGACCCCAACGUACCGGACGACGACGUGGAUAUUCUCGACCGCCGACUUGGCCUCAUCUUUGAACGCCCGGUCGACGGCAAAUUACACCACUCACUUCCCCCAGUCUCGUUACGCGAGCUCCUCCAGGAUCCGCAAGUCCGCAAGCCCCGUGUCACGGAGCGGAUCAAGCUUGCCCAUGCCAUCAGCAAUUGCCUGUUGUACCUGCACGCCGUGCACUGGUUACACAAGGGCCUGCGCAGCCACAAUAUCCUCUUCUUUCGUACGCGUGCCGGCCAUGUGGAUUUCCGCCAGCCGUAUCUCUCGGGCUUCGACUUCUCGCGGCCCGGCGGCUCGGAAGAAAUGACGGACGCCCCCGGCGAUGAUGCCGAGCACGACCUGUAUCGACACCCGCGAACGCAAUCGAACCGUCAACGCAACCGCGAGCGUUCUAAGAAAAGCUUCGAUAUAUACAGCUUAGGCGUCAUCUUUGUCGAGCUAGCCCACUGGCAGGCCGUUGAGACGGUGCUUGGCAUCGAGAUGCGGCGGGCGCGGGGCCGGCCGGAUGUUGUUCGCCGGGUCCGCGAGGCGCUACUCACCGAGGACCGGGUCGCGGCCGUAGGUGCCGACAUGGGUGAGAAGUUCGAAGAAGCGACUCGCAAGUGCCUCGCCGGCGGUAAGGAGCUGGGGCUAAAAGAUGGAGAUGAUGAGACGGCGGACGAGGUGGCGGAACGUUUAUCUAUGAAGUUCUACGACGACGUGGUAAAACGCCUAGAAGCUGUGGUGGUAUAAGGUGGUGGCUAGCUUGCUGCGCUGUCAGCCUGUCGGUGGUUUACUUGGGGGUUAGCAAAUAAAAUUGUCGUGCGGGAAUCAAUUCAUGAGAAACCAGUUAUAC